CAGGCAAUGCGUCUGCAAGCCAGCCAGGACUCCCAGAAAGCCAUGAAAGAAACCGUUCCAUAAAUAGGCCCGAGUUGCAGCAGGAUGGCGGCACAGUCACAGACAUCCAAAUCAACCAGUUAACCUUAUCAUGGAUAACGCUUACAUUGCCGCCCUCUCCUUGGCCUUCGUCUUCCUGCUCCACUACCUUCUCAAGGGCAAGAGGAGCAAUGGCGGCAACCUGCCGCCGAGCCCGCCUGCCAUCCCGAUCCUGGGCCACCUCCACCUGGUCGAGAAGCCGCUCCACGCGGCCCUCUGGCGCCUCGCGGGCCGUCUCGGCCCGGUCUUCUCCCUUCGUCUCGGCUCCCGGCCAGUCGUGGUCGUCUCCUCCCCGGAGCUCGCCAAGGAGUGCUUCACGGAGCACGACGUGACCUUCGCCGACCGGCCCCAGUUCCCGUCGCAGCUGCUCGUGUCCUUCGGCGGCACCGCGCUCGCCACGGCCAGCUACGGCCCGCACUGGCGCAACCUCCGCCGCGUCGCCGCCGUGCACCUGCUCUCCGCGCACCGCGUCGCCGCCAUGUCCUCCGGCGUCAUCUCCGCCGAGGUCCGCGCCAUGGCGCGCCGCCUCUUCCGCGCCUCCGCCGACGGCAGUGGCGGCGCCAGGGUGCAGCUGAAGCGGCGGCUGUUCGAGCUGUCCCUGAGCGUGCUCAUGGAGGCCAUCGCGCAGACCAAGGCGACGCGCCCGGACGAUGCCGACGGCGACGACACGGACAUGUCCGUGGAGGCGCAGGAGUUCAAGAAGGUGGUGGACGAGAUCAUCCCGCACCUCGGGACCGCCAACCUCUGGGAUUACCUGCCGGUCUUGCGGUGGUUCGACGUGUUCGGGGUGAGGAACAAGAUCCUGGCUGCGGUUAGGAGACGGGACGCGUUCCUGGGCCGGCUGAUUGAAGCGGAGCGAAGGAGGCUUGAGGAGGAAGGCGGCGGAGAAGGGGAUCAGCAAGGGGAGAAGACGAGCAUGAUCGCCGUGCUGCUCACUUUGCAGAAGACGGAGCCGGAGGUGUACACCGAUACCAUGAUCACGGCUCUCUGUGCGAAUCUAUUCGGGGCCGGGACGGAGACGACCUCGACGACGACGGAAUGGGCCAUGUCGCUGCUCCUGAACCACCCAGAGGUCCUCAAGAAAGCGCAGGCCGAGAUGGACGCCUCCGUGGGCACCUCCCGGCUCGUCACCGCCGACGACGUGGCCCACCGGCUCCCGUACCUGCAGCACAUCGUGAGCGAGACGCUCCGGCUCUACCCGGCGGCGCCGAUGCUGCUGCCGCACCAGUCCUCGGCCGACUGCAAGAUCGGCGGCUACACCGUCCCGCGCGGCACGAUGCUGCUGGUGAACGCGUACGCCAUCCACAGGGACCCCGCCGCCUGGGGCCCGGCGCCGGAGGAGUUCAGGCCGGAGAGGUUCGAGGACGCGAGUAAUAAGGGCGAGGAGUUGCCUUUGAUGCUGCCGUUCGGGAUGGGGCGGCGCAAGUGCCCCGGCGAGACGCUGGCGCUGCGGACGGUGGGGAUGGUGCUGGGCACGCUGGUGCAGUGCUUCGAGUGGGAGAGGGUGGGGGGAGUGGAGGUGGACAUGACGCAGGGGACCGGGCUCACCAUGCCCAAGGCCGUGCCGCUCGAGGCCGUCUGCCGGCCGCGCGCCGCCAUGCGUGACGUGCUUCAGAAGCUCUAGAUCGAUAUGAAUUGAUCACCCUUGUGGUUUCUUGGGGGUGUCUUCUGUCGUGUGUACUGAAUAAACUUGCAGUGAUUUUUUGGACAUGCUCACGCUAUCGUGAAUCUGUAAAGCAGUUGCACCCAUCACAGUAUAUGUAAAUACACUUUUCCUUUGUGGAAAGAGUCAGUGAUGAACUUUUUUUACUUCUUUUUUUCUAGAAUACAGUGAUGAACCUUUUCUUGUAAAUGAGCGAUGUGUAUGCACAUGUGAUCUUAAUGUAGCUUGUUGCCAAA